AUGGCUACCCCCAGUGUCCUUACCUUUGAUGCUGAGGGUCGUGCUGUUGACUUUGAGGUCUGCGUCGAUGACCUCCAGCUGUUCCUACAGUGCGAUAGGGCAGACGGACUCUCCCUGUUCGAUCUCACCUCUGGUGCCUCUCCUGCCCCGCCUUCUACUGCUGACAACAUUGUUCGCUCACAGUGGGCCACACGCGAUGCUGCUGCCCGCCUUGCUGUGCGUCGCCACUUACCGACCACUGAGCGUGCGCACUUUAGCCAGUACAAGAGUGCUAAGACCUUGGACCAUUUCCUCUCAGUUUGCCCCACCGCACUCAACGUUGACCUCCUCGAGGAGCGGCUCCUAGCAGCAGAGAAGAGCAUAGUCGCUGUAGGAGCCUCUCGUGGUGACCCUCGCACCCCCGUCUUUGAGGGGUGUCCCCCCUCCCCCCUCUUGCCCUCUGUUGCUUCUGCUGCUGCGGCCGACCUCGUUGGUUUCGAGUCGGUUGGCGCUGCGUCUGCCCCUAGCGGGGGACGCCGCACCGGCAAGGGCAAGGGGGGCAAGGGCGUUGGAGGGGCUGGCGGGGGCGGUGGAGGUGGUGGUGGAGGCAAUGGAGGGGGUGGGGGUGGUGGUGGGAGUGGUGGCGGGGGUGGAGGUGUCGGUGGCAGCAGUGGAGGCGGAGGAGGCGGCGGCGGUGGCGAAGGGAGCGGAGGCGGCGGAGGUGGCGGAGGCGGCGGAGGUGGCGGAGGCGGCGGAGGUGGCGGAGGCGGCGGCGGCAGCGGUGGAGUUGGUUGCGGCUCUACGCAGAGGAGUGGGUCCGGUGGUGGUCCGCGCCAACAGCAGCAGCGCAGUCGUGAGACCCUGUCCCCUCAGUAG